UGCCCUGCCCCGCCGCGUGGCGCCCCUGCAAGCCGGCGGCAGCCACCCACCGCCUAUUCUGCACCCCGACACUUGGCUUAGUCUGAUUUGAGGUGGACCACCCUGUUAUCAAAGACUAGCUCCACCACUAUAUAUAGGUUCAUCCUUCGGUUGCACACGCAGUUGUAGGUUAAUCCAUCAUGUCGUUCGCUGGUGUAUCGGUCAUCGCUAAUGGCAAUCUCCUGAAAAGUUCAACCUCCCCGGCAACCGCCGGUGCUAGUGGGUACCAUUUGCUUGUGGUCGAAGGCCACUCACAGACCAGCAACAUGCCACAGGGCAAAGUCUUGGUGUCCCGCUACUUCACAGUCGGAGGCCAUCGCUGGCUCAUCUUUUACUACCCGAAUGGCAAAGAUAACCUGCACAACACCGGCUUCAUAUCACUUGGCCUUUCCCUGCACACUGAAGAGGAACCCGCUGCAGCAGAGCCCGUGAAGGCGCUGGCCGACUUCACUUUUGUUGACGACACCGACAAGCAAAUGCCGGAAUGUAUGCAUGGUGACAAAAUAUUCGAAUUCACAGGGAACACCGUGAGAAGGCAGGACAUGGAGAUAUCCAAGCACCUCAAGGACGACAGCUUCACCAUCCGGUGUGACGUCAUGGUCCUAAGUCAGACAUGCAAUACCUCUGCUUUCAUCAUUGUGCCGCCGUGUGACAUGCAACGGAAUUUCACCGACCUUCUCCUGUCUGGGAAUGGCUCUGAUGUGGCUUUCCAGGUCGGUGGCGAGACGUUCGCCGCCCACCGGUGCAUCCUCGCUGCCCGAUCGGCUGUGUUCAGAGCGGCACUCUUUGGCACCAUGUACGAAGGCACGUCGAAGGUGGUACAGGUAGAUGACAUGGACGCGGCGGUGUUCAAGGCGAUGCUAGGGUUCAUCUAUGGCGGCUCGCUGCCUACACCGGGUACCUAUGAGAACGAAGGCGUCCUUCUCCAGCACCUGCUCAUUGCAGCGGACAGGUAUGACCUCCCAAGACUCAGGGCGAUGUGCGAGAAGAAGCUGUGCGAGCACCUCGAUAUGAGCACGGCAACGACCAUCCUGAUGCUUGCCGAGCAGCACGGCUGCAAUGGGCUGAAGAAGGCAUGUUGUGAAUUCCUCCAGUAUCCGGACAACCUGAGGGCGGUGGUGGCCACCGAUGGCUUUGAUCACUUGUGCAGGAGCUGCCCCUCUCUUAUGAAGGACAUGAUCCUUGGAGUGUUGCCGGCUAAAAGGAAAAGGGAAUGAAGCCUCUUCAACUUCGAUCUAGGAAGACUCUUUGGCGCAGCAGCCGACGUGUUUAACAGGUCGAGGGGUGGGUGCCAUUUCUCACACUGGUUCAAUGAUGGAUGACAUUUUCUAGCUUCGGACGAAUUGCUAUCUAAAUUAUCCUUUCUCGUUUGUUGGCUAUGGUUUAUAGCAUCUGUGCUUAUGGGUGGAAUUUUCAUGCAAGUGUGUUGCCUCCGUGUGGAUCUUUUUAUUCUACUUUACGAGCUAGCCUUUCGAACGUUGAACGAAGUCCUAGUGGUUUCCUUAAUUAAAUUGUUAAGAAACCCCUUUUAUGAGAAAAAAAACAAGAGAUGACAAGUUAUGGUCAUUUUCCUUUCCCCUUAA